AUCACACCGAUUGUCCAGUCAUCAUUUGCCUCUUUCUCUUCUUUCUCCUCUGUAAUGUAUUCUUUGAUACUCCAUGGAAGAAGGUUCUGCGAGUUGCAGAAAUGGCGUCAUUUAAAUGAAUAUCCUUUCUCCAACUCCUUUUCCUCUACUAGUGCAGCAAUCCUUCAAGAUGGUCAGAACUUUACAGUGUCUUACCUCGUUGGCUCACUGGGUCUGACUUCAAAACUCGCCGAAUCAAUCUCAAAGAAACUCAGUCUCGAAGACGAAGACAGAAACCCAGAUUCGGUUCUGAAUCUUCUAAAGAGUCACGCUUUCACAGAUUCUCAGAUCUCCACCAUCAUUACAGAGUACCCACAAGUCCUAACACUAGACGCUGAGAAAACACUCGCUCCCAAGCUCAAGUUGCUGCUUUCCAGAGGAGCUUCAACCUCCGAGCUCACCGAGAUUAUCUCCAAAGUUCCAGAGAUCUUGGGAAAGAAGUCUAUCAGCAUAUACUAUGACUCUGUCAAAUGCAUCAUCGAAGCAGAUAGUAAUGAUGACUCUUUCCCACAGGGUACUAGUUUAGAGAACAAAGUCAGAAACGUAUCUGUUCUUAGAGGUUUAGGUAUGCCUCAGAAGCUCUUACUCCCCUUGCUCAUCUCCAAAUCUCAGCCCAUUUGCGGAAAAGAGAACUUCGAUGCUUCCCUCAAGAGGGUCAUCGAGAUGGGUUUUGAUCCGACCACCUCAAAGUUUGUCCUAGCUCUCCGCAUGCUUUACCAAAUGAGCGACAAGACGAUUGAGGAGAAAGUUGAAGUCUAUAAGACUUUAGGCUUCACUGUCGAAGAUAUAUGGGAGAUCUUCAGGAGCACUCCUACUUUCCUGAAAGUCUCCAAGACCAAGAUGCUGAGCUCCAUGGAGACGUUUCUAGGGUUAGGGUUCAGCAGGGAUGAGUUUGCCAUGAUGGUCAAACGCUAUCCUCUCUGCAUUGAGUAUUCCACGGAGUCGGUUAUAAAGAAGACUGAGUUUUUGCUGAAGGAGAUGAAUUGGACGGUGAAGGCCGUUGCUUUGCACCCUCAGGUUGCUGGUUACAGCUUGGACAAGAGGAUUGUGCCAAGGUGUAACGUGAUCAAAGCUCUCUUGUCCAAAGGGUUGAUUGGGAGUGAACUCCCUCCAGUGUCGUCUGUUUUGUCGUGUACGGAUCCGAAGUUCUUGAACAAGUAUGUGAUGAAGCAUGACGAGCUGGUGCCUGAGUUGUUGGCUAUCUAUAAAGGACAAGUAGACCACAAGUCACUCCCACAACAGUGAGCAACCUCAAGGUUUGUCCCAGUUUUAGAUAUCCUUACUCCUUUGUAUAAUGACAAGGGGAACCAAAAGAUGAGGUCUUGAUUUAUGUAUCCCAUUUUGUGCUUUUGUAAUCUCAAUUUUACUUGGAUCCCACAUGUUUUCUUCUAAUAUGCAAUCUGACUGGCAUAAUAAUUUGAAUCUUUAAUGCUUAGCCUAGACGCAGCUAAGAGAAGGGCCUUUCCUUGUGGUAUAUCCAUAAAUAUGUGUGGAUUGAUAUAAUAAUAUAUGUUUCGUUGCUC